AUGAAUCUUCGAAAUCAGCUCGAGUGUUUCACAGCCUGUAGCCGGGAUAAUGGCUGCUCGGGUACGCUUAUCUCUGCCCGUUAUAAAUCGUGUUACAAAGGAAAGGCAUGCACGCUUGUUCAAGCAUGCCCAUCGUCGGACCCUGACUUUCGAUAUUAUAACAAGGAAAGCCCAAAUUCUUUUACUACAACAUCUUCAGCUACCACAACAACUAGAAGUAGCACCACGACGCCAGACCAGCCAACAAGUACGUCUACGACAUUUGAAACAUCCACUACAGGUAGCACCACGACACCAGACCAGACAAGUUCGUCUACAUUUGCAACAUCCACAACAAGUAGAACGACGACACCAGACCAGCCAACAAGUUCGUCUACGACAUUUGAAACCUCCACUGCAGGUAGCACCACGACACCCGACCAGACAACAAGUUCGUCUACGACAUUUGCAACAUCAACUGCCCAACUGACAACUGCUGCCCCAUUUUGCCAAAAUGCAGGUACACAGGUCAGUCCUGCAACAUGCGACUGUUCAGGGACUCGAGGAUGGGUGGGUAACCGGUGUGAAAGACGACCAUACAGCUGCAGCGAGUUAUCGAACUUCGGCUACACCAGCGGCACCCAGGUCUUUCCAAUCGACAUCCACAGAAAUAAUUCCAAGUUGGUCAAUACAGCCUGCAAUGUGGGAUCCAACAGCGAGGAAGUGGGUCUUCUGAAACACACAGGCCAGUUUAACUAUAACAGAAGCUGGGACGACUAUGUCAAUGGAUUUUUCUACAAUGGAGACAACUAUUGGCUGGGUCUGGAAAAUAUCUAUGCUUAUAACAAAAAAGGGUAUGCCAACAUCGGCAUCCACUUAAUUUUCUCUUCAGCUUAUGUGAAUGGAAAAGUAUACAAAGAAUACUAUAGUUUCAGUAUUUCUGACAAUACUACAGGCUACUCUUACACUGUUGGGACAGGUGCUAGCGGCAGCAGAAGUGUUAGCGGCUCUGGAAAUACUAAGGUCUACGACUUGGGUGACCCCUUCAACCCCUGCCAGAAUACGCCAUUUUCUACUCACGAUAAAGAUCAAGACUUGGAGCCCACGAAAAACUGUGCUCAGUUGACAGCUACGGGUUGGUGGUUCAAAACCUGCACCCCAGAGCCGAUAGUUAGCCCACUGGGUAGCGUUAACGCUACUAGUAAUGAACGGCGUGUGAUCCUACCAAAAUAUGAUACAACAUCGCAGGGUCCGAGAGAAGCCUUUAAGUAUGUGUACAUUUAUUUAAUUCCUUGA